CAACGUCCACAUUACACUUCAACCACGUCUUUGUCGGUUUCUCCCAAACUCACACUCUAUUAUGCCCGUGCUGCACAACCGGUGGUGAAUUAUGCUUAAUUCAUUACUCUUUUGAAACCUCAAAAUUUCUUUAGGAACACUGUUUUCUUCACACUUGAAGUCACCUUCUUCAUUUUCAUCACACUCCAUAUUUCUGCACUCAGUGCUUCACUUCCACUGUCAAAUCAAUGUUCACAAGAAGAAAAUUCCUCAAUAUACUUUCAUCACGCAAUGUUAAUGUUUCCAAGCUAAUUUCUCACCAAUUAAAUCCAAAUCCACUUCCAAAUCCCCAAAUUUCAAACAAUUUUAGGGUUUUACUAUUCAAUCUCUAUGGAACCCAAGAUUCCAAAUUUCCGGAAUACGAGAUGCCUACUGUUACAUGGGGUGUGAUUCAAGGCCGCAAAGAGAAACUCGUUUCGCGGGUCAUCAUCUUCGAUUAUCUCAAGGGUUUGGGAAUUAUUCCUGAUGAAUUGCAGGAUUUGGAGCUUCCUUCAACCGUUGAAGUCAUGAGGGAACGUGUUGAGUUUAUUCAGAAAUUAGGGUUAACGAUUGAUGAUAUAAAUCAGUAUCCUUUGAUUUUGGGUUGUAGUGUUAGAAAAAACAUGAUUCCUGUUUUAGGGUAUUUAGAAAAAAUUGGGAUUUCUAGGUCUAAACUUGGUGAAUUUAUUAAGAAUUAUCCACAGGUUUUGCAUGCUAGUGUUAUUGUUGAGCUUGCUCCUGUUAUUAAGUUUCUUAGAGGACUUGAUGUAGAGAAAGAUGAUAUUGGGUUUGUCUUGCAAAAAUAUCCUGAACUUUUAGGGUUUAAGCUUGAAGGUACUAUGAGUACUUCAGUGGCUUAUCUUGUUAGUAUUGGUGUUAAUCCAAGGGAUAUUGGUCCUAUGGUUACACAAUAUCCUUAUUUUUUAGGGAUGAGAGUUGGUACUAUGAUAAAGCCUCUUGUUGAUUACUUGGUUAAUUUAGGGUUGCCUAAGAGGAUUCUAGCUAGGAUGUUGGAGAAAAGAGCUUAUUUACUUGGUUAUGAUCUUGAAGAGACUGUGAAACCUAAUGUUGAUUGUUUGAUUAGUUUUGGUUUGAGGAAGGAAUAUUUGCCAUCGGUUAUUGCUCAGUAUCCACUGAUUAUUGGGUUGCCUCUUAAGGCGAAAUUGUCUUCGCAGCAAUAUUUUUUCAGUUUGAAGCUUAAGAUUGAUCCGGAAGGGUUUGCGAGGGUGGUGGAGAAGAUGCCACAGGUGGUUAGUCUUCAUCAAAAUGUGAUUAUGAAACCGGUUGAGUUUUUACUUGGUAGGGCAAUACCGUCGCAGGAUGUGGCUAGUAUGGUGAUCAAGUGUCCUCAAUUGGUUGCGCUGCGAGUUGAGCUCAUGAAGAACAGUUAUUACUUCUUCAAAAGUGAGAUGGGGAGACCUGUAAAAGAGCUUGUGGAGUUUCCAGAAUACUUCACUUAUAGUUUGGAAUCUAGGAUUAAACCUAGAUACCAGAGGCUCAAGACCAAGGGGAUAAAAUGUUCAUUGAAUUGGAUGCUGAAUUGUAGUGACCAGAGAUUUGAAGAGAGAUUGCAGGGCAAUUAUAUCGAAACCGAAAGUAUAGGUCCUUCAUUCUGUAUUGGUGGGAAAUUAGAGCUACCCGGGAAUGACAUAGUUUCAGAUGAGGAAGAGGAGAGUGAUGAUGAAAUGCUAUACAGAAGAACUGUUUCUCUUUAGCAGAACAAUGCAUUUUUUAUUUUUAUUUUGCUUGAUGAAAUAACUAGAGUAUAACUUUCAUGUUAUCAAAUGAAGGACUAUGAUUAAUCUCUUUCCAUUUUAUAUUACUAUUACUGCAAUUGUCAUCUCAA